UCGGGAAGCGAGGGCUCCAACGAGGACCUUCAAGAGCUACCCUGCAUUGUGACAUGUCUGAUCUCUCCCUCCUGUCCCUGCAGCCUGAACAAGGUGGAUGCCCGCUGACCUGUCACAAGGUUGCCCCACAAAGCUUUGGGGUCCAUGUCUGAAUGGAUUGCUGUAGCCUCCUCACUUCUCCCUUCGCCCAGUUCCCUGCGUCCUAAGACUCAAAGCCAGCACAGGACCUGGAAAAAUUACAUGGUGUGAACGGCAUGUCUGUGGAUGAGAAGCCUGACUCCCCCAUGUAUGUGUAUGAGUCCACAGUCCACUGCACCAACAUCCUCCUGGGCCUCAAUGACCAGCGGAAAAAGGAUAUUCUCUGUGACGUGACUCUGAUCGUGGAGAGGAGGGAGUUCCGGGCCCACCGGGCUGUGCUGGCCGCAUGUAGUGAAUACUUCUGGCAGGCCCUCGUUGGACAGACGAAGCAUGACUUGGUGGUCAGCUUGCCUGAAGAGGUCACGGCCAGAGGCUUCGGGCCGCUGCUGCAGUUUGCCUACACCGCCAAGCUGUUGCUCAGCAGGGAGAACAUCCGCGAGGUCAUCCGCUGCGCCGAGUUCCUGCGCAUGCACAAUCUGGAGGACUCCUGCUUCAGCUUCCUGCAGAGCCAGCUCCUGAACCGCGAGGAUGGCCUGUUCGUGCGCCGGAAGGAGCCGCCGGCGUGCCAGCGCCCGCGCGAGGACCGCGAGGACUCCGCCGGAGAGGAGGAGGAGGAGGAGGAGGAGACCAUGGACGCAGAGGCGGCUAGGAUGUCCUGCCCCAGGGACCAGAUGCUUCCAGAGCCCAUCCAGAGCUUUGACGCUGCUGCUGCCGCCGCGCCCCCGGCGGCGACGGCGAAGGAGGAAGCCCUGCUGCCCGAGUCCGACGUGCCCGCGCACAUGCAGGAGGGCCCCGAGAAGGACGCGUUAACGCAGUACCCCAGAUACAAGAAGUAUCAGCUUGCAUGCACCAAGAAUGUCUACAGUGCAUCAUCCCACAGUACCUCAGGUUUUGCAAGCACAUUCGGGGAGGACAACUCUGGCCACAGCCUCAAGCCAGGGCUUGCCGUGGGGCACAUUAAAAGUGAGCCGCCCAGCGAAGGGACAGAGGAAGAGAGUGUCACGCUCUGCCUGUCCGGGGACGAGCCGGACGUCAAGGACAGAGCGGACGUGGAGAUGGACCCGAAGCAGCCCAGUCCCGCCCCCGCCGCUGCCGCCCCCCCUGCCGGGGUCGCCUGCCUAGAGAGAUCCCGAAGCGCGGCCUCCCCCUCCUGUUUAAGGUCUCUGUUCAGUAUAACAAAAGGUGUAGAGCUGGCUGGCUUGCCCAGUACAUCUCAGCAGCACUUUGCCAGGAGUUCAGCGUGCCCUUUUGACAAGGGGAUCACUCAGGGUGACCUUAAAACGGACUACCCCCCGUUCGCGGGGAAUUACGGACAGCCCCACGUGGGCCAGAAGGAUGCAGCCAACUUCUCCCUGGGGUCCCCGCUCAAGGGCCCUGGGCUGGAGGCUCUCUGCAAGCAGGAAGGCGAGUUGGACCGGAGAAGCGUCAUCUUCUCCUCCAGCACUUGCGACCAAGUGAGCACGGUGGUGCACGCCUACGCCGCAGGGGCGAGCGCUUCGGACAAAGACCUCCCGGAGCCCAUGCCAAAGGGUCUGUGGGUGGGAGCCAGCCAGGCCCUCCCCAGCUCCCAGGCCUACUCCCACGGGGGACUGAUGGCUGACCACCUGCCAGGAAGGGUGCGGCCCAACACCAGCUGCCCGGUGCCAAUCAAAGUCUGCCCCCGCUCGCCCCCCCUGGAGACCAGGACCCGGACGUCCAGCUCCUGCUCCUCCUACUCCUACGCGGAGGACGGGAGCGGGGGCUCGCCCUGCAGCCUUCCGCUCUGCGAGUUCUCCUCCUCGCCCUGUUCCCAAGGAGCCAGGUUCCUGGCCACUGAACAUCAGGAGCCAGGCCUGAUGGCAGAUGGAAUGUAUAGCCAAGUCCGGCCCCAGAUCAAAUGUGAGCAGUCUUACGGAACCAACUCCAGCGACGAAUCCGGAUCGUUCUCGGAAGCAGACAGUGAGUCGUGUCCUGUGCAGGACAGGGGCCAGGAGGUCAAACUUCCCUUUCCUGUCGAUCAGAUCACAGACCUUCCGAGGAACGAUUUCCAGAUGAUGAUUAAGAUGCACAAGUUAACCUCAGAACAGUUAGAGUUCAUUCACGAUGUCCGGCGGCGCAGCAAGAAUCGCAUCGCAGCCCAGCGCUGCCGGAAGAGAAAACUGGACUGUAUUCAGAACUUAGAAUGUGAAAUCCGUAAAUUGGUGUGCGAGAAAGAGAAACUGUUGUCAGAGAGGAAUCAGCUGAAAGCCUGCAUGGGGGAACUGCUGGACAACUUCUCCUGCCUGUCCCAGGAAGUCUGCCGUGAUAUCCAGAGCCCAGAGCAGAUCCAGGCCCUGCACCGCUAUUGCCCUGUCCUGAGACCCAUGGAUCUCCCCACGGCCUCCAGUAUUAACCCUGCGCCCUUAGGCGUUGAGCAGAACCUGGCUGCCCCCCAGUGCACACUGGGGGAGACCGUGGCCUGCUGCUUGGAGCAGGGUGCAAUGCCCCCUGGGGUUCCCUGGGUACCCGGCAAUGCCUCUGAGAAUUGUACCUCUGCGAGGAGCCUGGAAGGCCCUGAUCCAGGCACCUUCUCAGAGACCGGACCUCCUCUGGAACCCAGGACCCAAACAGUGACCGUGGACUUCUGCCAGGAAAUGACUGAUAAAUGUACAACUGACGAACAGCCCAGGAAAGACUACACCUAGUGACGUGGACCCGCCUCCCCAGUUCUCCCACCUCUCCCACCCAGGUGUUCUUCCAUCGGCCUGGGCGCUGUUCAUCUGUUGUCCUGAAGAACCAAGAACCAUUUGGUGCACACUACAGCAGUCUUAGCAGCAAUACUGUUUCUUAAGUGUUCCCUCCUCUCUGCAAGCAGGAGUGAUUUAUAGUCCCCUUCACAAUGGUGCUACCCCUUGCUCAGGCAAGGGAAGACAGCGGUGGCCACACCGUCUGGCUGUCUGGGUUCAUUUCAGUCUUAACAGGGAUAGACUUUAACACCUCUAGGACCCAACCACGGAUUUUUUUUCUCAGUGGCCCAUGUCACAAACCCUAUCUCAGGAAUUUCUUCUGAAUGUUCAAUUUUUUUCAUUGAAGACAGCUUCUAUACACAUCAAAGUUUUAUAGCUAGACUGUACAUAUUAUAUAUAAUAUAAAAAUAUAUAUAUAUAUCCAUAUGCAAAAGUCCUGCAUGCCUCAAUUUUCCCAUCCUAAAACUGGAAACUUCAUUUCUCACUUCUAACCAGGUUCCAACAUUCCAUCUUCUUUUGUCUUUGAUGCUAGAAUUAGUUUGAUAGCUGUUUAACAUGAUCAUUUUUUUCCUUGCUUCACUGUUCAAUUUCAAUUUGUACUUAUUUAUGGAUAAAAGUCAGUGUUGGAGACAUACAGCAGGGGGGCGGGAAUCUCAGACCUUUUUGAUUGUUGUGUUUGCUCGCUUGGCGUGGGCACCUCCAAAUGGUGUCCUUUGAGCAUCGUGGGUUGUUGGGUAAUUUCAUUUGGUUGGUUUAUUUGUUUCCCUGCAGAUAUUGUACAGUCAUGGUCAACUUUGCCACUUGCACUGAGUUUUGGGUCAAACCUAUUUUCUUAAAUGAAGUUGUGACUUCAGUAUAGCUCAAAUAUACUGUAUACUCUUUGUUUUUAGUUUAAAAAAGUAAAGUGUGUUUAGCUAAUUAAAAAAGCACUCAGGUGAUAAUUAUGUAGGAAAAAACAAUCUUGCCAAAUAAUGAAAUCAUCCUAGGAUGUAUAGACAAUAAUCUGCUUGAAUAUUUUUCUAUUUCACCCCCCUCCCCACCUCUCCCCUCAGAAAGCUUAAAUGCAGAUCAGUUCUGCGUUGAGGCAAGAUGUUCAGAUUCCAAAGUGGGGAGAGAAUUUGGCUGCCUCGCUCACAAGUGCAUCGACAGAGCAGGAAUUCAUGAUUCUGUACCAGAACUUAGCAGGCAUUGGCUCCUAGAAAUCAAGUUAGAGCUCUUUGCUCACCCAGGGACGAAGCCCCAUUCAAGUCCACACUUCCUCAGGCCACAGCUUGCUCGUGGAAGUGUUUGUUGUAUGCCCAGAACUUCCUAAACAGUCUCAACGGGCCAGCCACCCGCUUCCUAGCCCAGGACCUACCUCCCAGGACAUCGCACCUUGGAGAUUUGAAUGGUAGUUCCUCAGAUCCUGCAGCUAAGUGGAGGUUGCAGGUUGGUGCAUAGGAGAGGGGAAAGCAGGUUCGAGUCUGAGGUUUGCCCCUGAUGCAGGCAAGAGCGUUUCCCUCUCCCUUCCUUCUCUGAAUGCUUUGAAUUGAAUUGUGCGGUUCCUCCGGUAGUUUCUUUGUGCAAGAUAAUGGUGGCCAGGCACCCUUCACCCCCCUUCUCCACAUCCACACAUCCAACCCUGAGGGUCGUUUUCUUCUCUUGCUGCAAUGCUAGUUGGCUUUUGACCCACAGAGCAGCUGGCUUUGGCCCAGGGCAUGUUUACAGGAAGGUGUGCCUGGGGGGGGGGUCUCCGACUCGGUCCGGGAGGAGGAAUCUGCUCCCUCGCUCCAGCGGUUGCUUUCGCUGACCAGCCCGCUGCCAGGA